AUGCAACUAAUACUAGCCAUUUUCUGCAUGUUGUGUUCAUGGAUUUUCAUCCAUAGGUUGAAGCAGAAGAACAACAAAUGGCCUAAAACGUGGCCGUUUUUGGGAGCGGCCUUUGAGCAGCUCGCGGACGUCGACGCCAUGCACGACUGGAUUCUCGGAUAUUUGUCGAAAUCAAGAACCGUAGUCGUGUCAAUGCCCUUCACGACUUAUACGUACAUUGCUGACCCUGCUGAUGUGGAACACGUGCUAAGAAGGAAUUUCAAAAAUUAUCCAAAGGUGUUGCUUGGAGACGGCAUUUUCAAUGUCGAUGGGGAGCUUUGGAGAAAACAGAGGAAAACGGCUAGCUUCGAAUUUGCAUCCAAGAAUUUCAGGGACUUUAGCACAGUUGUUUUCAGAGACUAUAGCCUUAAACAUUUCGAAAUCCUCAGUCAAGCAUCCCACAAUAAUCAGACAGUAGAUAUGCAGGAGCUUUUGAUGAGGAUGACACUCGACUCCAUAUGCAAAGUGGGAUUUGGAGUGGAAAUCGGGACAUUGGCUCCAAACUUGCCACACAACGAGUUUGCUACGGCAUUUGACUCUGCAAACAUGACGAUCAAACACGACAUAUUAUCGAGAUUCAUAGAGCUAAGCCAAGAUCCAGACAACAACAUGACCGACAAGAGCCUGAGGGAUGUCGUCUUGAACUUUGUGAUUGCGGGUCGGGACACAAGUGCAACAACUCUCUCAUGGGCCAUCGACAUGAUAAUGAGCCAUCAAGAUGUGGCCCAAAAGCUUUACGGCGGAGCUAAGAGACUUGGAACGGGAUUUAACUAA